AUGGCUUCUAGCAGCGGUACCACCAAUGAUAUUGAAACUCGAUGGAGCAAUAUAUGUUUGGAAGAAGAAGAAGACAGUGAAGAGGUUCUUGAUAUUACAGAGGAUGAUGCCACUGAGUAUGACGCUCGAUGGUGCUUAGCCGGACGCCUCCUUACAGGAAAGAUAUCAGAUUUCAAUAUCUUUCAAAACAUGAUUGCAGAUCUUUGGAAGCCUGGUAAGGGAAUGACGGUCAAGAUCCUGGAGCAAAACAGGUUUCUCUUUCAAUUCUAUCAUGAAAUAGACAUCAACCGUGUCUUAGACGGUAGCCCAUGGACGUAUGAUCGUAAACAGCUCAUAAUCAAAAGAUUGAAAACAGGGGACAAUCCAAAGCUCAUCAACCUUGAUACCCUUGAUAUGUGGGUGCAGAUUCACGACUUGCAAUCGGGUUUCAAAACCGAACAAGUGGUACAAAAAGCAGGUAAUUAUAUAGGUGUUUUCCUUAAAUCGGACCCGAAUAAUUACAACGGAGUGUGGCGUGAUUAUCUCUGCGUUCGGGUGUCUGUUCCUUUAAGCGCUCCUCUGAAAAGAAGAAUGAAGUUUCGGAAACGCGACGGCGUUGCUUUUUGGGCGAACUUCAAAUAUGAACGUGUCCCGACUUUUUGUUUUAUAUGUGGCAUCAUAGGCCACUCCGAAGCUUUCUGUGACAAGCUUUACGACACUCCGUUGGAAGCUAUCAUAAAGCCUUACGGGCUAUUCAUGAAAGCACCACCAAAAGGACGGAACUUCCUCACACCAAAAGGACGGAACUUCCUCACAGCUAAUUUUUUUCAAUGA